CCUCUCCCUUUUCUUCUCAAAAAACAUCGGAAAUAAUGUUCGCUACAUUUUCUCCUAUUUCUUCAAGGAUUAGACAAAUUCAACUAUUGAUACCAACUUGCAAAUAUUGCCCUGAACAUCUUAUGUUUGGCAUACUCAUAAUUUUUUCUUCCGUCUGCUGAAGAAAAUGAAAACGAUUUAAAGUGCAUAUAUGAGAAUUCAACUUUAUGAACUCCAUCUAUGUUUUUCGAUUGAUAUUUGAGCUGGAAAUAAUCCUCAUCGGCCGUUCAGCAGUAAGGAGGUGAAAGGAAAUUAUUUAAUUUGUGUCGGAGAAAGAAUAUUUUAUUUUGACCACGAUUGGAGGAGGAGGAAUCAUUGUUCUGUCUCUCUACUGAGCCAAUAACAGAUGGGUCAACAGCGUUUUGUCAAAUUAGAGGAGAAGGGCGUAUCCAUCAUGCCAGCAUUAUAUCCUACCCCGAUGACCCGGACACUACUGAGGAGGGAACCCCCGGCUUGCGCACGCGCAUUCACAAGUCAUCCAACAUACCCGGAGCCGUCUUCGCUGUCUCUCUACUCCAACUCCCGUUUCAACAAUAAUACGGAACCAGCUAACAGCAACGUGGUAGCCAUAGGAACACAAGUCGCCACACCGAAGACCGAGAAACCUGCAAAGAGUCACAAACGCCGACAGCUGAGUAACUGCACCAGCUCAAAACGCGUGAAGCUUACGUCCGAUGUUCCGUCCAAUACUACGACUACGACAAUGAUGCCCAAGAGAAAACGUUACCAGCGAUCACGAUGUCGCACACGUAGUCCUGCAUGCAUCCAGAAGGUCCGUCGUCAUCGUCGGCUGAAGGCCAAUGAUCGCGAGAGGAACCGCAUGCACAAUCUCAACUACGCUCUCGACGGCCUGAGGGAAGUUUUGCCCAACUUUCCAGACGACACUAAACUGACGAAGAUUGAAACCCUUCGCUUCGCCCACAACUACAUCUGGGCCCUGUCUCAGAUGCUCAACAUGGUGGACAGCAGCGAAAAUGGUUGCCCAGGAACGGAGAACCCGUUCUCGGCUCUUCAAGCGAUGACAGGAGCAAUGACUGGAACGUUGUCCGGGGGAUCGUCGGCAGCGAGUAUGUGCCGGGUGGCCCAUGAGGCGAUGACGAGGAACGACCAAACACAACUUUUGAGCUGCAGGUAUGAGCUGUCUUCUCCUACCGUUAAGGAGGAAACUCCAUCUUGGGAUCACUUUUACCCUGAGAGUCCCGAGUCUUCAGAGUGUUCCCCUGAGCCGCCGAUGUUUUCCAAGAACUCCCUUCUGCAGACGUCACCCUUCAAACGCUCCUCAAGCCAGACGACUUACAUGCACAAUCGCGAUAUCGUUGAUCGAUUAACGCCAUGCGCUUGGCUAACAAAUUAAAAACUUCUACAUCGUUAAUUUUGCCAUAAAAUUAUUCGAAUACACGCGCAACUCACAAACGAAUCUUUCAAAAGACUUUAAAUACUGUUGUGCUAGACCCAACAUUAAGUGCAGGCUGCAGAAGUAAUACUGCCGCAUUUUCCAGACUAUGUAAUUUAAUAAUUUAGCAAAUUCGACAGUGUUUUUUAAAUGAACUAUCCCCUUUUUAACCAUGUGAUUUUUGUUUUAUUUUUAAUUCUCAUUUAAUUUAAUUUAAUUGUAUAAUGUUCAUGUUAUCCCCAAUACAACUAUCUAUAAUCACAAUUAUGGACAACAUUUGAAUGAUUAAAAUCAGUACUAACUGUUUCGUUUGAUUUCACUCGAUUCAACUAUGUCAGUCCUGGGGGGCGUUUCACAGAACUUGUCAUCAAUGACAAACGACAGUUUUUGUUAUAAGCUACUGAAA